ACUUGGAUGAAAGAAAUUUAGAAUAGAAAGGGAGGAAAAACGAGAAGAGAAUAAUUGGGGUUGUGUCUUGUUUGUCAAGGCGAGCAAAAGGAUCGGAGCGAAGACCCUGUUGGCCUCUCACCACCCACCGGACGCUUCUUUGACAUUUAAUUCCUCCAAAGUCCAAACCUUUCCCCUAAAAUAUCUCACCUCCAUAUCAAUUUUCUUCUUCUCCAAUUUCUCAGUUUUAUCCCUACCAUUCCCAUAUUUAAUCGAUCUUCAUUUGCCUCAGAGUAUCAUUCAAUUCAUUCACAAUCUUCAUAUUCUUCUUCCCAUUUUCAUCAAUUUUCCUCAUAUUUAUUCCAUUUCACUCCUUUUCCUCUAGCCUUUUAUCCUAACUAUGAUAUUUUCCAGGCUCAGCCGCUCUCUCCCGCGUUCUUCUCGCUCCCAUAAUUUGUUGUAUGGUGGAGGGCGGUCGGCGAUUAAGAGCAUCAAUGAACCGAUUUUCGCUGCCCCACGAAUUGAUUCUUGUAUGGCAGAGAGAGAAGGGUUGUUAGGGUUUUUUAGAGGCUAUUUUGCGUUUGUUGGGUCUCGUACCAAAUUUAUUCCUAAAGAAACUUUGUCCGACUUGAAUUUCCUCAUCGCGAAUCCUAAACUCCGGCGUUUCUUUUCCAGCGAAGCCCCGAAGAAGAAAAAUUACCAGAACUUCUAUCCCAAAGAAAAGAAAGAAAUUCCUAAAGGGAAUGAGCAAAAAUCCGAGUCUAAAGGCGACUCAAAUACGGAAGAUCAAGGGAGUUUUCAGGAAGCAUUCAUAAAGCAAUUUCAGAACUUAGUCACCCCGCUAAUAGUUAUUGGUCUUCUGUUUUCCUCCUUUUCUUUUGGCCCUCGUGAACAACAACAGAUUAGUUUCCAGGAGUUUAAAAACAAGUAUUUGGAACCUGGUCUUGUAGACCAUAUUGUUGUUUCUAAUAAAUCAGUUGCAAAAGUAUUUGUGAGAAGUUCUCCUAGAAAUCAAACAAGUGAGGUUGUCCAAGGUUCUUCAAGUGGUGCUGCCACUAAGGGACACGAGGCCCAAUACAAAUGCUUCUUCAACAUUGGAAGUAUUGAUUUAUUUGAGGAGAAGUUGGAGGAAGCUCAAGAGGCAUUGAAUAUUGACCCUCGUGAUUUUGUUCCUGUCACAUAUGUCUCUGAAAUGGUCUGGUAUCAAGAAUUCCUCAGAUUUGUCCCAACACUGUUGAUUUUAGGGACCAUCUUUUUUAUGGGCCGUCAAAUGCGAAGAGAACUAGGCGUUGGGGGUGGAGGUGGUGGGAGGGGUGGUCGAGGAAUAUUCAAUAUAGGAAAACCUCAUAUCACAAAAGUGGAUAAGAAUGCUAAGAAUAAGAUCUACUUCAAAGAUGUUGCUGGUUGUGAUGAGGCAAAACAGGAAAUCAUGGAGUUUGUACACUUCCUGAAGAAUCCUAGAAAAUACGAGGAAUUGGGGGCUAAGAUUCCAAAGGGCGCACUUUUGGUUGGACCUCCUGGCACUGGAAAGACCUUACUGGCAAAAGCAACUGCUGGUGAAUCAGGUGUGCCUUUCAUGUCUAUAUCUGGUUCAGAUUUCAUGGAGAUGUUUGUCGGUGUUGGACCAUCAAGGGUUAGAAACUUGUUUCAAGAAGCCAGGCAGUGUGCUCCUAGUAUAAUUUUUAUUGAUGAGAUUGAUGCGAUUGGUCGAGCCAGAGGACGCGGAGGUUUCUCAGGUUCUAAUGAUGAGCGUGAAAGUACUCUAAAUCAAUUGUUGGUUGAGAUGGAUGGCUUUGGGACUACUUCUGGUGUUGUUGUACUUGCUGGAACUAACAGACCUGAUAUUUUAGACAAAGCUUUAUUGAGACCUGGUCGAUUUGAUCGUCAAAUUUCAAUUGACAAGCCCGAUAUUAAUGGUAGAGAGCAAAUCUUUCAAAUCUACUUAAAAAAGAUCAAACUCGACCAUGAGCCAUCAUAUUAUUCUCAAAGGUUGGCAGCAUUGACUCCUGGAUUUGCUGGAGCUGACAUUGCAAAUGUCUGUAAUGAAGCUGCCUUGAUUGCUGCAAGGAGUGAGGGCACGCAGGUCAAGAUGGAAGAUUUUGAAGCAGCUAUUGAUAGAGUAAUUGGUGGUUUGGAGAAGAAGAACAAGGUGAUAAGCAAGUUGGAGCGCAGAACUGUUGCGUAUCAUGAAUCAGGUCAUGCUGUUUCUGGCUGGUUUUUGGAGCAUGCUGAACCUUUGUUGAAAGUAACAAUUGUUCCUCGCGGUACUGCAGCUUUAGGGUUUGCACAGUAUGUUCCCAAUGAAAAUCUUCUCAUGACCAAGGAACAACUAUUUGAUAUGACAUGCAUGACCCUCGGUGGCCGUGCUGCCGAACAGGUUUUAAUAGGUAAAAUCUCAACUGGAGCUCAAAAUGACUUGGAGAAAGUCACAAAGAUGACCUAUGCUCAAGUAGCGGUUUAUGGGUUUAGCGAUAAAGUGGGCCUACUUUCAUUUCCUCCAAGAGAGGACUCUUUUGAAAUGUCGAAACCCUACAGUAGCAAGACUGCUGCAAUAAUCGACAGCGAAGUGCGAGAAUGGGUCGGGAAAGCAUAUGAGCGAACAGUCAAGCUGAUAGAGGAACACAAAGAACAAGUGGCUCAAAUUGCAGAAUUGUUGCUUGAAAAGGAAGUUCUUCACCAAGAAGACUUGGUACGGGUCUUGGGCGAGCGACCAUUUAAACCGAGUGAAGUUACAAACUAUGACAGAUUCAAGCAAGGUUUUGUAGAAGCAGAUGAGAAAAGUGUGGAAACCCCCCCGGUUGAAGCAGCUGAUGAUGAUGGUUCUUCACCUUUAGAACCACAAGUUGUACCCACAUAAACUUUGGGAGCAGUAGUUUGUACAUUAAGUUAAUUUUUUUUUCCUUCUUUUUGUUCUUCAUUGUUGCAAAUUGAUAGAUUUAGCUUUUUAUGAUUUUUAAUAGCAAAAUAUUAUAAAAGUUAAUACUC